UGAAUACGUUACUCCCCUUAUAGCACUGUUCACGUUCUCUCUCCUCUCUCUAUCUCGCUUCCAGUAGUCGCAGUGGUAGGGCGGAGCCUCGACCUUGGUCUCGUAUCGUGGAAGGCGAAGGCGAAGGGGAAGGCGAAUGCUAAGGCUUGCAACUCUCUCAGGACGUCGAAUCCAUUAGGGCUACCGAAUCAGAGCUUCGAGGCACAGGUUUUGCUGCAUAUGGAUUUGGAUGGUCGAAGAGAAGAAUUUGCGUCCCGGGUAUGAGCGUUGUUUAGUUGACAAUGGAUUGAUGGAGUUUGGUGGGUCGGAUUCGUGAUCCAUUCAGGUGGGUUUGCAUGCUGGUUCUGACAAGGAAGAUUAGCGAGGGUUAGGGUUUGGUGCGUGUUUCCAAAAUCUAGGGUUAAGAAGAUGGAACGGCAGGAGAAGCACUCUGGCCACAAGAAAAGAUCAAAGCAAAUUCAGGUUGGGUUGGAUUCCGGUGAUGAUGAGCCAAUUGGGUCUUUGUUUGGGUUGAAAAGCAAAAGAAACCCCAAGAAGGUUAAGAAGGAAUUGGAUGGGGUUGGCGAAAAAGGCAAGGGUGUUGAGGCUAUGGCAGAAAACUUGGCGGUUGGAAACGAGGAUUUGGGGGGUAUGGAUGAUACAUUGGCUACUUUCCGGAAGAAGUUGAAGGGUCCAAAGAAAGAAAGUGUAUCUAGUAUAGCAGUAGAGAGGAGUUUGGGUGGAGAUGCGACAAACCUGUCAGGUCAAUCAUUGGACAGACAUGUGAAGGAUGAAAGUUUCACAAUGGAAAAUAAAGUUGUGGAGACAGGUCAGAUGGUUGUUGAGGAUGGAUCUGUCGUGGCUAUUGGUGAAGGUUUAUGUAGGAGGGGUAAUAAAAAAGUUAAAAGAUCUAGGAAGGCUUCAAAUCCAAAGAGAGCUGUUCGUCGUGAUGCAAUGGGCAGUCAGGGAUGUGGGGAUAUUUCAAUCCAUAAUCAGAAAGAAUGCGUUUUGGCUGGCAGGGAAGGUUCCAAUCCUUCUCUGGAUGAUAAUGUAGACGAUUCACUGUCUGCCUUCUUUAAGAAGGCAGGGUCUAGUAAGAAAUCUUUCUGUUAUCUUAGGCAGAAACAAAGAAGGAAAACUGAAGUUGCCAAGACUGCAUUGAGCUCUGAUGAUGGCUCAGAGGAUUUCCUGCCAUUGGUUACAAGAGGAUCUCAAUCUGUGUCCUUGGUCCAGAAAUGUCCACAAGGGGAUGAAAGUUUGCAUCUACCAUCUGACAGGUUGCCAAUUAUUUUGGCCGAUUAUCAUCAGAAUAAGAAUGGGACACAGGAGACAACUGCUGAGAAUGUUCAAGAGAAUCCAUUACCCAGUAAUGCCGUGGAAGAGGUUUCUUCCACCCUGAUAACUCCAGAUGUGAAAAUGGGACCUGGUGACAACAUUCAUGGUGGAUAUCCUGAAUCUGUUGCAGAUGCUUGUUUUCCAAAUCCACUUCUUCGAACAUCUCAACCAUUCUUAAGUGCAUGUGCUUGUAAGACAGCAAGGGUUGAAGAAGAUGAUACCAAUGGGCAGACAUGUGCGACUAAAGAAGGACCCCAACUGGAACCCAGAGGUUUGGAUGUGAAGGAUGAUUGUUCUCUUCCUAGUCAGGAAACCAUAUCAAAAACCCCGACUAUGAAUGAUGGAUUGAACACAAUUGGUUUGGCACCUGAUUCUGCCAAUGCCCCAACUUCUUUGUCUUUCCCAGUACAAGUGCAGGACAUCCACCAGGUUGAUGUGCAUGUGUCAAAUGCGGGCUUCAAUGGUACAAUGGAUGAACAACCCAAGAGCCCUUCUGCAGUUAUUCCUUUCAAUGUAGACCUGAAAAUUUGCACCUCUUCUGGAAAAGAAGGUCAGGAGGCUUGUUUUGGUGAUGAUUCAUUAAACAUAUCAUGUAAAAAUUCAUCCCAAGAGACCUUUAACCCUGCAUUAGAUACAUCUAAAAAGGAAGGAAUUUCUAGUGAUUGUAAUGAUUUGAAUCAAGCUCCUGGUAUUUGCAUCGAAGAACCAGUUCCUACUUCAGUUUCUUCACAGAAGGAGGAUACAGUCAUAUCCAACUGUAGAUUGCCUCCACAGGCAGCUCAUGGAGUCCAGGAAUCUGAACAUACUAUCCAAAUGGAGCACUGGGGGAAAUCUGUGGAAACUGGUGAUGGUAUGCCCAAAGAAACUUCUCUUGCCAACAACGAUUAUCUUUCAGGCAGUGGAGAGGCCACUGGAGCCUCUUCUCCAGCCAUCACACCAGAACGUGCUGAAGGUUAUGCAGAAGGUCAAGGGCAUCUGUCUGAUCCUGAAUUUAAAGAUAAGAAGCUGUCAUCAUUACAGCGCACAUUGCGGAGGUCUAAAAAACGCAGGCAUGGGGACAUGGCAUAUGAAGGGGAUGCGGAUUGGGAAGUUCUGCUACAUGACCAAGAUUUUCUUGAAAGCCGUCUUAUUGGAGAUGGUGAUCGGUCCUUGAGAGGAAGAGAAAAGUUCAGUUCCUCCCCAAACAUGGCUGCUGAGGCUGAAAAUGGGCGUGCAGCAGCAGUAUCGGCUGGAUUGAAAGCUCAUGCAGUUGGUCCGCUUGAGAGGAUUAAGUUUAAGGAAGUAUUAAAGCGCAAAGGUGGGCUUCAAGAAUAUCUACAAUGCAGGAACCAUAUCUUAAAUCUUUGGAGUAAGGAUGUCAGCCGUGUUUUGCCUCUCACAGAAUGUGGGGUCUCUACUGGUCCUUCAAUUGGUGGACCACCACGUGCUUCUCUAGUUAGGGAAAUAUAUGCAUUUCUUGACCGAAGUGGUUAUAUCAAUUUUGGGGUUGCUUCUGAGAAGGCUGGAACAGAACCUAGUGCUGUGCACAAUUUCAGAGUUUUAAAGGAGAAAAAUAAUGGGGAAAAGGCGGGGGCUACUGAUGCUGAUGCAUACGAUGGAGUUUCGUUUAUCCUUGGGCAGAUCAGGACUUCUGAGGCAUGCAUGGGGACAAAGAAUAGUAAUACAGAUAGCCAAAGCCAGGAAGCAGAAACCUCGAAGGAUGGGAAACUUGUUACUCCACACACUGUGGAUCUAGAUUCUUCUACAAAAUCUGAUGAAUGUCGAGCAAAUGAAUUGCACAAAAAUGAUUCUGUUGAUACACAAUUGCCCAACAGGACGGUUAGUUUGGAAGUUUUGGGUUCCAGCCCAUGCUGCAAAGCAUUGGGUAGCGGAGCAGUCCCUGUAAUAUCUCCAGAGCCUGUAAAGCACUCCUUUGGGGUUCAAUCUACCUCGAGGGAUUGCAUGGAGGAGAAUCAUGGCUUGCAGUGUGGUUCAGAGGGCAAGAAGAGUAUCAUCGUUAUUGGAGCUGGUCCUGCUGGGUUAACUGCAGCUCGCCAUUUGCAGCGCCAAGGUUUUUCUGUUAUUGUUCUUGAAGCUAGAAGUAGAAUAGGGGGACGUGUAUUCACUGAUCACUCAUCUCUUUCAGUUCCUGUGGAUCUUGGUGCUAGCAUCAUUACAGGUGUUGAGGCAGAUGCCGCAACAGAAAGGAGGCCAGAUCCUUCCUCAUUAAUUUGUGCUCAGUUGGGGCUUGAGUUGACUGUAUUGAACAGUGACUGCCCUCUUUAUGAUAUUAUUACAGGCCAGAAAGUCCCUGAAAGUAUGGACAAUAAUUUAGAGGCAGAAUACAAUAGCCUUCUAGAUGACAUGUUACUUGUUGUUGCUCAGAAGGGCGAGCAAGCAAUGAAAAUGUCUCUUGAAGAUGGUUUAGAGUAUGCCCUUAAGAGACGUCGCAUGGCUCAACUGGCAAGAGAUCAUGCGGAAAUUGAAUUGCAUAAUUAUUCAGAUGUCUUAGCUGGUUCUGAGAAAGCUGAUGCUCAUGGAAAAGUUUCUGGGAGGAGGAUUUCUAAAGGCGACAUUUUGAGUCCUCUUGAGAGGAGGAUCAUGAAUUGGCAUUUUGCUCAUUUGGAGUACGGUUGUGCCGCUUUGCUCAAAGAUGUCUCUCUUCCUUACUGGAAUCAGGAUGAUGUUUAUGGAGGUUUUGGAGGUGCUCAUUGUAUGAUAAAAGGGGGUUACAGCACUGUUGUUGAAUCUUUGGGAGGAGGACUAUGCAUCCACUUGGACCAUGUGGUAACAGAUAUUUCAUACUGUACAAAGGAGUGCCGAGAAAAUGAUGAAUUAGGUAACAAAGUCAAAAUUUGCACAUCAAAUGGUAGAGAGUUUUCUGGUGAUGCAGUACUAAUUACGGUUCCCCUUGGGUGUCUAAAGGCGGAAACCAUCAAAUUUUCACCACCAUUGCCCCAAUGGAAAAAUUUAUCAAUCCAGCGGCUUGGUUUUGGUGUAGUUAAUAAAGUGGUUUUGGAGUUUCCUGAAGUCUUUUGGGAUGAUUCUGUUGAUUACUUUGGUGCGACUGCAGAGGAGACGAACCAAAGAGGCAAGUGCUUCAUGUUCUGGAACGUCAAGAAAACUGUUGGAGCACCUGUUCUUAUUGCCUUGAUUGUUGGUAAGGCAGCUAUAGAAGGCCAAAAUAUGAGCUCUUCCGAUCAUGUAAACCAUGCUGUAACAGUUUUGCGUAAACUCUUUGGCGGAAGUGCAGUCCCUGAUCCGGUUGCUUCAGUAGUAACAAAUUGGGGGAAGGAUCCUUUCAGCUGUGGUGCUUACUCAUAUGUUGCUUUGGGUGCAUCUGGAGAAGACUAUGAUAUCUUGGGUAGGCCAGUUGAAAAUUGUCUAUUCUUUGCCGGUGAAGCUACCUGCAAGGAGCAUCCUGAUACUGUGGGUGGUGCAAUGAUGAGUGGUCUUCGAGAGGCUGUGCGUAUAAUUGAUAUAUUGAGUACUGGAAAUGAUUACAUAGCGGAAGUAGAGGCAACGGGGGCUGCACAAAGACACACUGAUAGUGAAAGAAUUGAAGUUCGGGACAUUAUGAAGAGGCUCGAAGCAAUUGAGCUAUCUAAUGUCCUAUACAAGAACUCUUUGGAUGGGAGUGAAAUUUGCACCAAGAAAUCAUUACUUCGGGAGAUGUUCUCUAAUGCAAAAACAACUGCUGGACGACUGCUUCUGGCCAAAGAGUUAUUAAAUCUUCCUGGGAGAGUUCUCAAAUCUUUUGUUGGGACUAAAGAAGGGCUCACCACACUUAACUCUUGGAUACUGGAUUCAAUGGGGAAGGAUGGGACUCAACUUCUGCGCCAUUGUGUUCGACUUCUUGUGCUCGUUUCAACUGACUUACUUGCAGUUCGUUUGUCAGGUAUAGGGAAAACUGUGAAAGAGAAAGUGUGUGUGCAUACUAGUCGUGAUAUACGUGCCAUUGCUAGUCAACUGGUUAACAUGUGGAUUGAUGUUUUCCGCAAGGAAAAAGCUUCUAAUGGUGGUUUAAGGUUACUGAGGCAAGCAACCGCUAUUGACACCUUGAGACGAAAAUCUCAACCUUCAGGAAAGCCACCUCUUCGUGUUCAUCAUGGCCCGCCAGAUAAUAAAGGAAAUUCACAGAUUUCUACAUCUUCUGGAAGUCAGAUGGCCCGGGCCUCAAACAUUAAGAGAACUAAUGUCAAGUUGGAAACCAGCCGUGACUCAGAAUUAGAGAUUAAGUCUUCAAGGUCUCAGGGUUCUGUCGGUAGAGAAGAUGCCAAGGUUGAGGAUGACAGCAACUUCGUAAUGUCUGAAGAAACACAGGCUGUCUUUGCUGCUGCUGAAGCAGCUCAUGCUGCAGCUGUUGCAGCUGCUGAGGCAUAUGCAUCUUCUGAAGCCAAGUGCAACACACAAAAGCCACUUCCUAAGAUACUGUCAUUUCACAAAUUUGCUAGACGUGAACAAUACUCACAAGUGGAUGAGUCUGAUACUAGGAGGAAGUGGUCUGGUGGUGCUUUAGGAAGACAGGAUUGUAUAUCAGAAAUAGAUUCUAGGAAUUGCAGAGUUAGGGAUUGGUCUGUUGAUUUUUCUGCUGCUUGUGUCAACCUUGACAACUCAGUAAUGCCAGUUGAUAGCCUCUCACAGCGGAGCCACUCCAAUGAAAUUGCUUGUCGCUCAAACUUUAAGGAGCAUUCUGCUGAAAGUGCAGCUGUGGAUAACAACAUAUUUACCAAAGCAUGGGUUGAUGCUGAUGGCAGUAUUGGGGUAAAGGAUUCUACUGCCAUUGACAGAUGGCAAUCUCAAGCUGCUGCUGCACAGUCUGAAUACUUCCAUGGGACCAUGCAUAUAAGGGAUGAACAUGAUUCAAACAUGAAUACAAGACAGCCUUCCUUGAAACAUGAGAAAUUAGCAAAUGAGGGCUCUGUUUCUCAAGUUACAGUAAACAAAGAGUUGACUGCAAAUCAACCAAGGGGGGUUGAUCGUAUUAAACAGGCUGUUGUGGAUUAUGUUGCAACAUUGCUUAUGCCUCUUUAUAAAGCAAAGAAGCUUGACAAGGAAGGAUACAAGUCAAUUAUGAAGAAAACUGCAACUAAGGUCAUGGAGCAGACAACAGAUGCUGAGAAAGCCAUGGCUGUCUAUGAGUUCCUUGAUUCCAAGCGUAAAAACAAGAUUCGGGCCUUUGUGGACAGGUUGAUUGAACGAUACAUGGAAAUGAAGCCAGUUGUGAAAUCUUGAUGGCCCUCAGGACAAACUGCAGCCUCUUUGUGUAGCUGCAGAAGAUUGCUCCUGGUUGUUGGUGCUUGGAGUUCAGAGCAUCAGUUAGCCGUUAAAUGCCAGAAGGUGGCUUCAAACCAGUUUUCUACCAUGCUCUAUGGUGACAUACCCGUUAUGCUGUCAGUGGUUGAGAAGGUGCUGAAAAAAAAAAAAAAAAAAAAAAAAAAAAAAAAAAAAAAAAACCUAUGUAUCCAUAUGAAUUUAAUUUGACUGGUCAGGUGUUUUGGCAGCUUGGUGCAUUUCCCGGCAGACUUUAUGCUGCAGAACAAGAGGAACGGUUAUAGGUUAAAACUAAGGCCGUCUACAUUGCAAAUGUGCUUGAUGCAAGUUUUAUAGUUUUCAAUAUCUGCUUAUAAGCAUCAAGUCUAUUUGAAGGUAAUAUUAUGUGUUCAUCAUAAACUUAAGGUUGUAAUUUAGGGUAGAUGGUAAAGACCCUUUUUGGUUCAGGGAUCAUAGAUGAAACAUAACUUGUUUUUGACAUUUUUAUUGGAUUAAUGACAAUUUGUACAGUUUAGGAUUAUUUUUGGUCUCAAAAUAUACAAAAGCUAAAUUUCUCUGCACUUUUCAGCAGUUUUUUAAGUUUUUCUUCAUCCUCCUCCCCCCCCCCCCCCCCCCCCCCCCCAAAAAAAAAAAAAAAUCUGAACACCAAUGUUAAGCUUCCGUUCAUUUUUGCUGAAAAUCCUAGUUCAUAAACGUUUGCUUCUUAUAGUGCUAGGGUCUGAGGUCUAAUUUAUUCUCUCUCUCUCUCUCUCUCUACACACGCACGCACCACACAUAUAUAUUUGCACACAUGCAGAAGUGUACAUUUUGCAGUCCUGCUUGAGUGUUUAUAUUUGAAUCAGUUCUGCAAAUAUUUUCUUCCACGAGUUCGAGACUUAGUUUGCAAGAGUAAGGCUGUAUACAAAAAUCAUCUUAUCAUACACUGGACACCUUUUUUCGGAACAGGUACAUGGCAAACCAAACCAGUAUUUCAGGUAUCAAACUAUUUGUGGUCAACAUUCAGUUCUGCUAGAACCUUAUUUCUUUCUUUCUUUUUUUGUUUUUUUAAGCUAAGAAAUAGGUGCUUAUUUCAACGAUUCAGAUUUUAUUAUUGCUCCUUAAUUCCUGAAAUAACAACGCAAGGGAACAAAAGUAGGAUUUUUUUCACAAUGUAUGCGCAUUUCAAAGAAUAGCAACCAUUAAACAAUUCAAAUACCCAGGGCGACCUUUAUUACAUCACAAGAUUUGUCUCCUCUCUUAACACCUGUACAUUCUAUUCUUGGCAGGUCAAAAUACAAGUGGGCGUUUCUUGUCAAUGAGAGGUAUGUGUGCAUCCAUGCGGUUACUCAACUCUUUUUGGCAACAACUUUAACACGAUUUCAACUUUAUAGUUUUUGAGGGGGACGAGGUAAUCAACGUUGCUGGAAAUCAGAUGGCAGACAGCCGUCCGCCACUGAGUCUAAUUGUGCUGUUGUCUAUGGAAUGAUCCGAGGAAAGCUGCACAACCAUUAGUGGUCACUGAGUGACAUUCACCCAGUCUAGUGGAAGGAAUUAGGGUUUGUGAUUCUCAUUAUUAUACAUGCGGAGUUUUAUCCGUCCGCCGAUGAGCCUGACUGUGUUGUUGUCCAUGGAAUGAUGCAAGGAAAGCUGCACACCCAUUAGUGGUUACUGAGUGACAUUCACCCGGUUGGUCCAGUGGAAUUAAGGUUUGUGAUUGUCAUUAUUAUACAUGUGGAGUUUCAGCUGUCCGCCAAUGAGCCUGACUGUGCUGUUGUCUAUGGAAUGAUGCAAGGAAGGCUGCGCACCCAUUAGUGGUCACUGAGUGACAUUCACCCGGUCUAGUGGAAUUAAGGCCUGUGAUUGUCAUUAUUAUACAUGCGAAGUUUCAGCCGUCCGCCAAUGAGUCUUACUGUGCUGUUGUCUAUGGAAUGAUGCAAGGAAAGCUGCAUGCUCAGUAGUGGUCACUGAGUGACAUUCACCCGGUCUAGUGGAAUUAAGGCUGUGAUUGAUUGUCAUUAUUAUAAAUGCGGAGUUUUGACCAUCCGCCAAUGAGUCUGACUGUGCUGUUGUCUAUGGAAUGAUGCAAGGAAAGCUGCAUACCCAUUAGUGGUCACUGAGUGACAUUUACCCUGUUGGUCUCGUGGAAUCAAGGUUUGUGAUUGUUAUUAUUAUACAUGCAAGUUUGCAAUGCAUGUAUACAUUUUCGGCCGUGUCCGCGUCUGAUUCUCAAUCUGGCUCUGGGUAAUUUGGCUGAGUUUGCCACCGGCCGCAUGCCAAGGAUGGAAGGAAGGAAGGAAGGAAGGUUCGCGCUUUGUUCAUUCUUUGGCUUUGUAAAUAAUGUCAUCUACACCGAAUAUCAACCAAAUAGCAUUCUUUUGGACGAUGUGACCAUGAUGUCUGUCGGUAUUUGAAAAUGCAAUGCACAAUGCAGCCAUUAACGAUGCCUCAUUGUGUUAGUUUCGUAGUCCGUUCUUACAUGUAUUUUGUGCUAACGUUAUGUUAACAUGGCAUGAUUUAUUAUUAUUGAAUUGCAUGAUUUAUCGAAUUUUAA